GGCCUCCCCGCGUGGCGGCGGCGCGGCAGUAUGGGGGACGUGCUGGAGGAGCCGUGGUGGGAGGUUGCGUCGGGGGCACGCAGCAGUCCAGCAACAGACUGGGGACAAACAUUCUGACACAUCUUAGAACAGCUGCUAAGCACUCUGGGCUGCUGGCAGCACAAGCACGGAUCCCAGCACAUUUGGUCAACGCUAUUUUACUGUUUUUUUCCACCAGAGUGCUACAUUGAUGGGCGAUCUGUCAGAUGAUGAAGCUAGUGAGAAGGCAAGUGAUGAGAGAAGAGCAAUGCAUCAGGAUUCAGACUCCAAACCUGCUGUGAAGAAGAAAAGAAAGCAGCCUACAGAGUGUUUUCUAACUCAGCCUGAAGAAAAACAGGAGAACACUGUAAAAGCAAAGAGGAGAAAGAAGAAGAAGAUUUCUGAUAUUCUGGAAAAAUCCGCGCCAAAACCUGGUGUCCCUAAAGAUCUACAGAACCUGCUCAGCCAACAUUUUGGUACAAAACGUUCAGUGAUUGAAAUGGAGGAAUUGAAACUGUCAGAUUCCUGCUUUUUGCCAGCCAAUGAUCUCACCCACAGCUUUUCUUCAUACCUGAAGGAAAUCUGUCCUAAAUGGGCAAAACUUCGUAAAAACCACAAGGAGACGAAGUCAGUGGUGAUGCUGGUUAUCUGCAGUUCUGCCCUUCGUUCCUUGGAACUAAUCAAGUCAAUGACCGCAUUUAAAGGAGACUGCAGAGUUCUGAAAUUGUUUGCAAAGCACAUAAAGAUAAAAGAACAGAUCACUAUGUUGGAAAAAGGCAUCUUCCACAUUGGAGUGGGAACUCCUGGGAGAAUAAAAGCGCUAGUGCAGCAAGAUGGCCUGUGCCUGAAUUCCACAAAGUAUAUGAUUCUGGAUUGGAACUGGAGAGAUCAGAAACUAAGGAGAAUGAUGGAUAUCCCUGAGAUAAAGAAAGAAACAAUUGACCUGCUGGAGAUGAGUAUUAUAAAGCUGUGCAGAGAGGGAUCUGUGAAGCUGGGACUCUUUUAAUGGCUUUACCAACAAGAAAGUAGCCUGCAGUUGUAAUUUACUAUUAUCCUGUCUGCAACUGGCAAGUGAUCAGUGGGUGAUUGAAUUAAGCAUUUUGACUUUUCAGAGGGCUAUGCAUGUUGCAAAUUUUUAUGAGUUUCCUUUCUUUUAAUAAUAAAAGAGAUAUUUUGUCUGUA